UUCACCCACAAAAACCUAACCGAACGCAGCGUUGUCCCUAUUCUUCUGAUGAAUCUGAUUCUGAUCGCUCUUAUCGUAAAGCUCUCCACAGGUGAUUAAAACUGUGCGUGUUCGAGAACAAGCUUCUUCCACAUUUCAAUCCCUCUCGCUCUUUCUCCAGUCUCCAGUGCCCAUUUGAAUCUUCUUCCCCCUAUUUACAUGCAUGCAUGAAUUGAAAUGUAAAUAAAAUUUCUAGGGCUCAUAUAACAACCAAUAAUCCAUAGCAAUCAAUCAAUCAAUCAAAUUGAUUGCAUUUGAUUUACAAAAAAUCAUCAAAUUCGGUUAUUAGGGUUUUGAUCUUGCAUCAUACGGAGGUAUCACUUGAUCGGUGAAGCCAAAUUGCUAUUCAGAUCGAUCAGUUACCCUCCAAUUCUCGAUUGACUCGUAUCACAUCUCUUCAAGUUCUUAGUUUUUAGGGUUUCGAAUUGAAUUCGAGCUACCAAAGGUAUGGAUUCGAGCAGGAGAGCGGUGGAAUCGUACUGGAGGUCGCGGAUGAUCGAUGGCGCAACGUCGGAUGAAGACAAGGUGGCGCCUGUGUACAAAUUGGAGGAGAUUUGCGAGCUUCUUCGUUCUUCGCAUGUCAGUAUUGUCAAGGAAGUAUCUGAAUUUAUAUUGAAACGGCUUGAACACAAAAGCCCAAUUGUCAAACAGAAGGCUUUAAGGCUGAUUAAAUAUGCGGUGGUAAAGUCUGGCGUGGAGUUCAGGAGGGAAAUGCAAAGAAAUUCUGUGGCUGUGCGCCAGUUAUUUCACUACAAGGGUCAGUUGGAUCCUUUGAAGGGAGAUGCACUGAACAAGGCUGUGCGAGACACUGCCCAUGAAACAAUAUCUGCAAUAUUUUCUGCAGAUGAGAGUAAGCCACAACCUGUGGAAGAUCUUAAUAAGCGGAUACAAGGUUUUGGAAAUACAAACUUUGAAUUGCCAUCUGAAGAUAAGAAAUCUUUUCUCAGUGAGGUGGUUGGCAUUGGAAGUGCCACAAUAAAGCAGGGAUUGAAUAGUAUAACGCAAGCUCAGUCGUUAAGGAAGAAUGACACUGGAAGUUAUAAGAGUCCUGCUCUUCGAAGGUCAUUGACAACAGAAAUUGAUUACCGAGAUGGAAAUAACAGCAUUGAAAAUCACGCUGAAACUCAAAGCUCUUCUCGCUUUUCAAAGAAUGGGACUGCUGGACCUUGGGGUCAGGAUUUGAGGGUUACCCAACCAGAAACAACCAAUGGGGAUUCCUAUUCAAGUCAUGCUGAGAAUAAAACUCGCGAAGAGAGGUUAUUGGAGACCAUUGUAACGUCUGGUGGCGUCCGUUUACAACCCACUCGAGAUGCCCUUCAGGUUUUUCUUGCAGAGUCCUUGAAGUUGGAUGCACAAGGUUUAAGCGAUGCCCUCAAAUCAAAGCUUCAAUCUCAUUUGUGGCAGGUACGAAUGAAAGCAGUCUGCGUUCUUGAGGCAAUUUUGAGGAGAAAAGAUGAUGAACAUUUCUCGAUUGUAGCAUCUUAUUUCUGCGAAAAUAUAGAUGUUGUGGAAAAAUGUUCCGAGUCUCCCCAAGCUUCUUUGAGGGAAAAAGCGAGCAAGGUUUUAAGCCUUCUGGAUGGGGACAGACUUGGCACCAGGGAGGGACAUCUAGAAAAGCCACUAAAGGCUGAGACAACUGCCAUUCUGAUGCCUGACUUGAUAGAUGCUAGUGAUCCAGAUGACAUGCAUGUAACAGAUGAUUCUAUGAAAGUGCAAGGCGGUCAAAACAUUGGAAAUACAUCAUCAUCAACCACCGCGCUAAUCAAUGAUUUAUUUGGAGAUAGUUUUGGUACUGGUGUGAGCACAAAUGAACAUAAAAAUGAUGACGACCCAUUUGCAGAUGUCUCUUUCCAUACCAGCAAUAAUAAGGAGCACGUAGCUGAUCACUUUUCUGGGAUGACUGUUGAUAAACCAGGGGCUGUUGAAGUCGGUACUGCUGCAAACAAUAAUGCUCCUGAACUUUUCGAUAUUUUUGGGUCGACUUCUGAACUUCAACAGGAGCAAGGGAAACAUAGCAAAGAUGUUAAUGAUUUUAUGGCUGGUUUGUCCGUCAAUGAAAAUGCAUCAGUGAAGCAGAAUGGAGCCUCCCUUAGAGUACUCUCACCAACUGUGUUCUCAGAUUCCUCUGUGAGUCCUAGACAUCAGGUUUCUAACGAAGUUUUGAAUGGCAUACUUGGUUCUCAAUCAGACGGGAUGAAUGCAAAUGCUAUGUUUCCUUUGGGUACUAUGCCUUAUCAUUUACCACCUGGCAUACUGUUCAAUCCAGCUUUUCCUUCUCAGCCAAUAAAUUAUGGUGCCAUGGGAAGUUUAUUUGCACAGCAACAGUUCCUAGCAACAAUGUCCAACUUCCAGCAGUUGGGGAACCUCCACAUGCAUAAUGCUGGUGCCAGUCAUGCUGCUGGAACUGGAGGAGUGGCAUAUUCUUCAGCCCUUCCUGACAUUUUUAAUCCUAGCAUUCCAACUCAAAAUCCCAUUUCGAUGAUAAACAGUUUGAAGAAAGAGGAUACUAAAGCAUUUGAUUUUAUCUCAGAUCAUCUGGCUGCAGCUCGUGAUCCUAAGAGAGUGGGUUGAAUCUUGGAGCUCAUGCUUUGACCAAGUAGGACCUUGCUCUACUCCAACGGCAGCUUAUUUAUGAUUGAACCAGGUUUUUCCUUCAGCUACAUUAGAUAUUCUUUUGCAAUAAUGCUCCGUAUGCAGAUAUUAAGAAUCAUGUUCUCUUGGAAACUGCAUGGUAAUUGGUAAAAUCCAGAGAAGAUCCCAGAACUGGUAGGAGAGGUGAAAUUCACCGUCAUCCUCUUGAAUUCUGAGAUGGAAGACAGUGUGUGUGGUUGAGCAGUUUGUUUAAAUCUCUUGUAACGAAUUUUUAGUGUUCUAUUUUCUUCCCUUUCUCUUUUCUUUUUCUUUUCCUUUUUCUUGGUUAUUUGGUUAAUUACAUUUUGUAAGUGUACUUCUGGCACAUGUAUCCCAGACAGGCAAUGGAUAGCAAUAUGUUGUUUGUUUGGCUGUAUAGAAA